AUGGAGAAAGCUGAAACAGGUGAACAAAAGGAGCAGCCAACUUCACCAGGAGCAAGCCCAGUAGAGCUUAAAGAAUGUAUAGAAGAGUUAUUACAGUUCACUCUCGAGUCUCACAUUAACCAAACCUUGGGAUUCGAUUUAGGCCUCUCAAGGGAGUUCUGUUCUUACCUGCUCAAAGAAGAUCAAAAUGAUCACCACCCCAUUUCACAUACUACUACUACUGGAGUGCUUGAACUUGAUUGCUUCAGACAUGUUCCUCCAAAGCCUCUAUACAAGUGCCUAGCCUCAGCAUUAUAUGAAUCCUUAACCAGUGGAACAUCACGUGCAUCUAACAAAAAUGAUAGUGACUUGAAACAGAGAAAGGAAUGGAAUGAAUUGGUUCUUAAUGAAGGAACUGAAUUAGUAAAUGAGCCUUUCUUUACACAACUGAAAGAUGGGCUAAAAACAGUUGAAGGAAGAAUUGGAUCAGGGGCAUUGAUCCUCUUUAACAAGUGUGUGUUGCUUCAGGUUCAGGAAGUUCAACAGUAUGCUUCAUUUUCUGAGAUGUUGGAAACAGAGGGCCUUGCGAAAGUCCUUCCUGGAGUAAACACCAUAGAUGAAGGAGUUAGAGUUUACAGAAAGUUUUACACGGAAGAGAAGGAAAGAUCCAAUGGAGUCCUUGCUAUUUGUGUUGCAAAAUCAGCUGACCAGCCCUACAUUUCUUUGGCUAGAAUUCUCUCUGGGUUGAGUCAAGGAGGUCUUGAAAACCUUUUGGGUCUGCCGCAUCUUCCACAAACAUUGUGA